UGUCGAUAAAAAUUUCCACGUAGAAGUAGAAUAAGGUGGCGCCCUCAUGAUCGUUCAAUUCUCCAAGUGUUGAAAAAUUUUGACAGCUGAGCGCAUCAGCAAGAAUCAGUCCAACACGGAAAAAUCUCGUGUUUUGCUCACAAUAAUGCAACGAGUAACAACUCACAUCGACAAUUCAAAUAGACGAAUUUGGGUACUAUGUCACCGAGCAGUGCUUCUGAGUGUUACACAUUAUAUAAGAAAACGUACAUGAAAAAUGAAGACGUUACGCCGAUUGUUCCAGUGUUAUCCAAAUUUGGUGUUCUUCUUAUCUUCACGUUUGGAGUUUUUGCAGCUGUCAUUGCAACAGCACUGUUUGCUUACUUGCAGUACAAGUACAAUUACAGGACAGAUGCAGAACCAAUACGACCACCUUCUCACCUGCCCUCCGAAAGUUCCCUGAAUAUCAACGACGAAAGUACAAUAGGUUUACCGCUAAAAUCCGGUGGUCUCCAACCCUUUGAAGAAGUCGAGGACACAGCAUGCAUAUCAGAAGCGAUAACAUCCCUCCAGCUAGCUCUAGAGAUGAGGCUGUCAGGAAAAAAGAAAAAGGCCAUCAAAUUAUUUCAGCAUGCAGUGGCCUUAGCUCCACAGCAUCCAGACGUGCUGAAUCACUACGGAGAAUUUUUAGAGCACACCCAAAACGACGUCAUCAGGGCGAACGAGUUCUACGUGCGUGCCCUGACAUACGAGCCCAAUCAUGAGAGUGCCAUGAUGAACAGAGAAAGAACUGCUAGAGUUGUCGAGGAGUUGGACAAGAGGUUGCUGAGGAGAAUUGACGAGAAGAGAGAUGCACUGUCCGCUAUUCCUGAUAAUAAUGCGGCAUUGACAAGGGCCAAGAAGGAGGCAUACUUCCAGCAUAUCUAUCAUACUGUUGGAAUUGAAGGGAAUACCAUGAAUCUCGCACAGACUAGGGCCAUUGUCGAAACUAGAACUGCUGUUGCUGGCAAGAGCAUUGAUGAGCAUAACGAAAUUCUCGGACUCGAUGCUGCGAUGAAGUACAUUAAUGCCACUUUAGUCAAUAGAAUUGGGUCGAUAACUCUAAAGGAUAUCCUGGAGAUUCAUCUGCGAGUGCUGGGUCAUGUCGACCCUAUUGAAGGCGGUCAUUUUCGUAGAACGCAGGUUUAUGUGGGUGGACAUAUCCCCCCAGGUCCAGGGGAUAUCCAUUACCUCAUGGAAGAAUUCACGUCUUGGUUAAAUAGCGAGAGAGCUGUACGGUUGCACCCAGUGAGAUACGCCGCCUUGGCCCAUUACAAGCUAGUGCACAUCCAUCCUUUCUCAGACGGCAAUGGGAGAACGUCGAGACUGCUGAUGAAUACUAUUUUAAUGCAAGCCGGAUAUCCACCUGUUAUUAUCCACAAGCACCACCGCCACAAGUAUUACGAGUACCUCCAAAUAGCGAAUACAGGACACGUCAGUCCAUUCGUUCGAUUUAUUGCUGAAUGCACUGAACAAACGUUGGAUUUAUUCCUGUGGGCAACAACUGAAUUUUCUAAACAAGUACCAGCUCUCAGUCAAGAGUCCCUCAUUCGAGAUCGUCACAGAACAAUUGUGCUUGACUCCGAGGGCAGUGGUGACUUUAUUGACGAUUAAGAUUCAAGUACGAACUGUCUGGAUUUGAUCUAGCUGCAUUUAUCGGGUUCAAGAUCAUUCUACUCAGUUUUCAGAUAAAAACUAGCCAAUUUGUAUAUACUAUUUUCAUUCAUUAAUUUCAUCGUGGAAAUUUAUUUUUUCCUCUAUAUUUUGUAAUGAUUUUUGCAGAGAUUUUACAGAUACUAUUCAUAGUUACCUAUUGGUUGUCUCGAAAGCUCGAUGGGGUGUGUUUACUUGCUGGUCGAGUUAUUUAUUUAUUUUGCUGAAAAUAAAUUAUUCGUACCCUUUAUGGAAUGAAUUUUUAUGUUUCAGUAAUGACAAUUUAUUCAAGAUUUUCAUUAUUUCCAAUAGAAUUUUCGUGAUAUGGUCUCUGUACACUGGGGAUGUCUCCACUUAAAGCGAAUAAUCGAUGUCCAAUCCUUGUUUAACAUUAUUUUUCAUUAUCUCUCAAAGGCCACUAAUGUCAAUCGUCAACAUCUCGAGUGUGAGUGAUGAGGAAUCAAAGAAUAAAUUAAUUAUCAAAAGAGUUGACGUUCUGGAAAUGCUUCAUUUUUUUUCAGUUACAUAUGCUUGGAUUAUGAGAAAAUAAAAUGAAUUAAAUGACAAUUUUUACGUGAAUUUACUAAAAAAAGUAUUACCGGCUAAACACAAUAAAAUAUUAAAAAAAAAAGAACACUCAAGACGAUACAUAUUCGCUUCACAAGGAAAUUUAAAUUUAAUCAUCUUAUUAUCUAAACUGUUAUCAUUCUGGGUUCAGUCGUUAUUUGGUUUUUUAAUUUUUUAUUAUUACGUUAUACGACUUGAGAAGCUAUUAUGCUUUAUACACCGGGGAAUUCGUCAGGGCGAUUUAACAACCGUA